AUGAUAGUUCAAUGAGAGUUGCUUGAAAAUGUCAUCAGUCACAGAAUGGUAGCGCUCGGCUGACAGACAGGGGGCGCUCUGCACAAACCGGGAUUCCGGGUAGCAUCUCGGCGCCUCCUCGUCAGAGUUAGUGUCAAUUUUGUUGCAGUCUUGCUUCAGAACUUGGGCUGCCAGCAACAGGAAAAUGGCGACCGAGGAGAUACAGGCUGACUUUUCAAAGAACAGCUGAAGAUUGACCAGGAUCAAUCGCAGAUUGUGAGUUCGUCGAAGCUUGUUGUGAUGUGUGACUCGCCCGGGCGACCUCGACAAGCCCUAGGCUUUCGGGAGGCCUGAUGGCAGCCUUGGCCCGGCGGUAUUGUGAGAGUCUCGGCUCCGCUUUGUCCAGGAGAGGAGGCCGCCCUGCUGUUGUGCCGCCCGGGCUUGGUUCAGGGUUGGAGGCCGAGACUUAACAGGGCUUUAGUGACGGAUUUUGGAUGGAUUAACGUCAAGUCACGUUUUAUAAUGUUGCCGUCUUCUCUUUUAGGGUUUAAUGCUGCUAUAUUAUUAUUUGGUAGUUUCUCGGGGGUCAAUGAGCCGUGUUGUUUUUGUAUAGGAGCACAGUCGCGUACGUACUAGGACAUCAGGACGCAAGAAACUGUCGAAAAAUUUUAAAUAUUUUCCGUUUAGGUUAUGAUUUGUGGAGUUAAAGCAGUUUAUCAGGAUAGAGUAGUGUUCUGUGUGUUUCAUGUUAUGUUGUGGCCGUUUUAGAAAAAGCCUUUAUCAUCAAAGUGAGUCCCAGGCUUAAGGUUGUGGCCUAGUUAGGACGUAACUGACUUUUUAAAAAAUGCGAACAUAAGAUAAAUCAGUUUCUCGCAGCGGCUGGAAUAUCUUUCACAUGUUCUGGUCGGAUUAUACGGAGAGGGAAGGUUAUGUAUUUCACACUAUGUGCUGAAUGUCCAUGAUGUCUGAAAAUAUUUAAGAAUAUUGAUGAUUGGAAGAGUUUUUUGAUUCCAGUGGAAUCUGUAGGCUUUUUUGUUUUUGUUUUUAAGAAAAUUAAAGAAAAUUGUACUCUGCUACAAUGCCCGUACAAGCUCCACAAUGGACGGAAUUUCUUUUGUGCCCCAUCUGCACGCAGACCUUUGAGGAAACCAUCCGCAAGCCCAUCAGUCUGGGCUGCGGCCACACGGUCUGCAAGAUGUGUUUGAACAAGCUGCACCGCAAAGCCUGUCCCUUCGACCAGACCACUAUCAACACCGACAUCGAGCAGCUGCCUGUCAACUCUGCGUUGCUGCAGCUGGUGGGCGGACAGGUGCCCAAACAGCAGCCCAUCACGCUGUUAACAGGAGCAGAAGACACCAAACACUAUGAUGAAGCACGGAAGUGUGUGGAGGAGCUCGCUCUCUACCUCAAACCUCUCAGCAGCACCCGAGGUGUCGGGCUGAACAGCACCACUCAGAGCAUGCUGAGCCGCCCCAUGCAGAGGAAACUGGUGACGCUAGUGCACUGCCAGCUGGUGGAGGAGGAGGGGCGCAUCAGAGCCAUGCGGGCUGCCCGUUCCCUUGGCGAGAGGACAGUAACAGAGCUCAUCCUGCAGCACCAAAAUCCACAGCAGCUAUCUUCCAACCUGUGGGCAGCUGUCCGUGCAAGGGGCUGCCAGUUCCUCGGGCCUGCAAUGCAGGAAGAGGCCCUGAAGCUGGUUCUGCUCGCCCUGGAAGACGGCUCAGCUCUGUCCCGGAAGGUCCUGGUUCUGUUUGUGGUUCAGAGGCUAGAGCCACGCUUCCCUCAGGCCUCAAAGACGAGCAUUGGCCAUGUUGUGCAGCUCCUUUAUCGGGCGUCCUGUUUCAAAGUAACCAAGAGAGAUGAAGACUCCUCACUGAUGCAGCUGAAGGAGGAGUUCAGGACGUAUGAGGCCCUUCGGCGCGAGCAUGACUCCCAGAUCGUCCAGAUAGCCAUGGAAGGUGGACUGCGCAUCGCCCCAGACCAGUGGUCUUCACUGCUAUAUGGGGACCAGUCCCAUAAAUCCCACAUGCAGUCUAUCAUAGACAAGUUGCAGACGCCAGCAUCAUUUGCUCAGAGUGUUCAGGAGCUGACCAUUGCACUGCAGCGGACUGGGGACCCUGCUAACCUCAACCGCCUCAGACCACACCUGGAACUGCUGGCUAAUAUUGAUCCGAGCCCAGAUGCACCUCCUCCAACAUGGGAGCAACUGGAGAAGGGUCUGGUGGCUGUGAAGACAGUGGUACAUGGGCUAGUGGACUUCAUCCAGAACCACAGCAAGAAAGGCACUGACCAGCAGCAGCCGCCUCAGCACAGUAAAUACAAGACCUAUAUGUGCCGAGAUAUGAAGCAGAAAGGGGGGUGCCCUCGUGGAGCAAGCUGCACUUUCGCACAUUCUCAGGAGGAGCUGGAAAAGUAUCGGAAGAUGAACAAGCGUCUGGCUGCACGGCGGAACAUCAGCCAGUCGCUCACCCAGCUGAACGAUUCAUCCCUACUGCCCGACGAUGGGGGGUUAGACGGCAGUGUGCGGAAAUCCUCACCUAUGGCCAACGGCAUCAUAGCAGUGGGCUCAGGCAGCACCCUCACACAGCUCAUCUCCCGUGGCACAGAGCCUCCCUAUGACCCUGGGCGCAAGCCAGGAAAGAUGGACAGUCUCAGUGCCCCAGGAUCCCCCCCUGACUCGUUGGACUCUGUCCCCAAGAAUACUCUGUCGACCCUACCUAUGAAUCCUCAGCACAUGACGCAUGCCCGGAUGCCCACAGACCACCCCUCAAUGCACAAGCAAGUGUCCGUAGUGCCCAGGGCCCCUCAGAUGUACCCACAGCAGCAACCUGAAAUUUUCUACCAAGAGCCUCGGCCACCUCCCUCCUCGUCCCAGUACGAAACCACUGCACAGUACCGCACAGGUAAUCCGUACACAUACCAGCCUCCACAGUAUGUUCAGCCACGCUAUGUGCAGCCUGGACAGAGUGAGCCGGGCAUGCCCUACCAAGAUCCCUACCCCUAUGUGCCAGAAAGGCAGUACCCCAGCCCUCCUGCCCAGUACCCAGCCCAGCCAGUGUACCAGACGCACUAUGAUAGCCGCCGCCCCUACGCAUCCACACAGUCCUACCAGCGUGACGACAUGGUGAGGCACAGCCCUGUGCCUGUGGACAUGCCCCCUCCUGCUGCUGGCUCACCAUACUUGACUGAUUCCCGAGAGCGGUACCUCCCCGAAGGCUACUGUCCAGUGGGCCCGCACCCAGGCCAGAUGAGGUCCUAUCCUAGGGAUCCUUACAACAGGACAUCCCAGCCUAGCCUCGAUUACCUGCAUCGCCGCCGUAAGGAGAUCAUGGCCCAGCUGGAAGAGAGGAAGGUGAUCUCUCCCCCUCCCUUUGCCCCAUCACCAACGCUGCCCCACUCCUUCCCCCCGGAUUUCCCCCAGGAGCAGUACAUGGAGGAGAACUCCAAGGCUUUUGGGAAAUGCACACGUGAACAUGACCUCACUGGCCAGUAUUCACCCUGGUCGUGCGAUACCAUUGGCUCCUACAUUGGCACCAAGGACUUGAAGCCCAAAGAAAUCAUGGCAUCAGGCACCAUGGAGAUGAUGAAUGUGGACAGCAAGGGUUUGAGAGAGCAGCAGUUGGACAUGCAGCGAAGGUCAGCUGAGGCCAAAGACGAUGACCCCAUCAUUCCGUUUGGCCCCCUGCCAACCGUCUCUCGCUUUGGGGCUAUCUCACGCACCUCCAAAACAGGCUACCAGACCACCGGGCCAGUACAAGCCAUGACCUCUACCCAGGCCCAUGGUAGCGCAGCUACCAAACACGUCCCUGUGGCAGCUGACUACACGUAUGAGAACCACAGAGGGUGGGGAGGAGCCUCUUACCAACAACACCAAACCGUGACGUCUCAGGGACACUUCAGUGAAAGGCCACCAAUGCCUCCACCUGACAGGGAGCAGCUGAAGAUGGAGCUCCAGCAAGUCAACCAGCAGAUCAGCCAGCAGACGCAGAUCCGUGGACUGGAGGCUGCUAGUAACACCAUGCUGCUGCAAAGAGAGCCGAGCACCUUGGCCACUCAGCCCAUCCCGGCAAAGUGGGCAGCCGGACCCCUGUCCAGUGAGCAGCUGAGCCUAGAGCUGCACCAGGUGGAGCGGGAGAUUGGCAAGAGAACACGGGAGAUAGCCAUGGAGAGUCAAGGACCUCAUGAUGUGCAGUUUAAAAUGAAGACGUCUGAAAAUGGACAGCCUGAUCACAAGGUACCUCUGGAGGACCUCUCUCUUGCCCUCAGUGAAGGGCCAAAUGGAUCCAGCCUGGUCCAGGAGAACAGCAUCUCCUCUUUGGCCAGCAAGACCUCCUCCCUCAGCCUGUCUGCCGACUCGGGGAGCACCACUGAUCUACAGAAGAAUGGGGUGGUUCACUCCUGUUCCUAGACCACCCCAGAAGCACCAGAGUGGGGUAGCACAUAUUCCUGCAGCUGGAGAGAAAAUCCCCAGCCAGCCCUCUUGGAGCAGGGCCACUGGAGCAGCAGGCUUUCUGGUCAUGUACACAAAGCCCAAUACAAUCCACCUUGAUUAACUGAACUGGGAGCCUCCCAGCAGUGUGCUUGCAUUAAAGAAGCCCUGCUUUCAAAGUCUUUGUAAUGGCUUCUGAGUUACUAAGCCAAGAGGUCUUUGCAUGAGGAUUCAGUUGCUCCAGUUUUUUUAUAUGGGUGGAAUGUGUUGACAGUACAGUACACAAAUCACUCACCAUCCUGUUCCAUGUUUUAUUUAGAGAUGAGCAGUAUCUGCAGUGAAUUUAAUAUUUUUCUUUUUUUGUUCUGUGAAUGAACUUUAAAUUUUUUUUUAAAUAUAACAUUAAAUGCUUUGGGUGCCAGGGCAAUUGAUACCACACUGUUUAGUUGAUUGAUGCAAUGAAAUCUAGGAAAACCAUGAUUAAACAAUUUCCAAGGUUACUUUAUUAUAUGCCUGAGCUGAGAGGUGUUGCACUAGAAACAGUGUGUUGCUGUACUUCAAGCCACUUCAGUUUUCUAAAAACCUAACAGGUCUGCUUCCUGGUGGGAAAACAAAAUGGGAACUGGUUGCCUGUAUUGACUGUUUGCUGUUAAAUUUAAAUACUUAGGAAAACGCUUAGGAUUAUUUUCUGUACUUUUUGUGUGCACUAAGCAAAACAACAGCAGUUUCUCGAGUGUCUCAGAAAAGUAAUUUUUUAUGAAGCAUUAUGCAUUGACUUUGGGUAUAUGAAACCUAUAGUCCAAAGUGCUAUCAGACUCAAACCUUAAUACUGUUUAGAGUAAUUAAACUAGUGGGUGGCAUUAUUUCUUGGAGUUGCAGAGUUGUAUUGUGAUUCCAUUUCAAUAUACUGACAAUUCACUGAAACCUUCCACUUAAUCUUUUCAGUGUUUUUCAUGUUAACCCUAGGAAUCUCACAUUAGGUAUCAUGAAGUUGAUGGGGAAUAUCAUUAGGCCCCUUAAUGAGCAAAUUACCUUUCAAUUCUCAGUACUUUUUCCAAUUUUGAUCAAUAUUGACAUCUCAGUUUGUUAUUUUGAUCAUGUGAAAAAGCUGUGAAUGUGAUGUGGGGCUCUCGGAAUGAUCUGAAAAUGUGCAAAAAUUGAAUUGAACUACAGAAAGAACAUCGUCAUGUUCAUUAGCAACUUGUCAUAAGAGUCUGAGCAGCCACAUCAAAUGUGAGAUCAAAGGGCAGCCAGCCAACUGGAAGUAUCCUACUGGUUUAGUGGCCUGUUACUACACAGACACACCUGAUAAUGGAAGGAAGCUCUUGCCAGAAAACAAGAAGGCAUAUAAUAAGUAACUGCUAUAUGUGGCUUUUUUUUAAUCUAGUCUGGUUGAAUUUAACGAGCCUUUGUUAUCUACUGCACUGUGCACAAAACAUGAACUAGACAGAGCCCAGCUACUUUGAGUGACUAUUACUGUCUCCUAAUUGGCUCCUGUGUGUACUGCGUUUUUGCAGUAACUGAUACACAAGGAUGUGAGAGUCUAGAAUCUCAGGCAUCCAGUUGUUAAGCAGUACAGAAAUCUCUCUCUGACCGCACGGACACUGGUGGCAAGCGGAUAUUAGUCUGAUGUUGGAUUGUUGCAAGUUCUUUAACACCUGGCAGAAUGUUUAUAAUAGCUCUUAAUGUGGCUAUAAUGACUUGUGUUGUAUAAACUGGCUGAAGUAGUCUGUGGUACCUGUAAGUUUGCAGAGAACUGAACCCAUCCUAGUUAAGUGACUUGCGCACAGUGCAGAUGUCCCUCAGUAGUGAAGCAGUCUGCCAGCUGGUAGGGCUCUACGUUGAGUAAAGUCUCCUCUAAAGUAUAUACUGACCAGGCAGGGCAAAAUACUGUUUCACAUUGAAUUAGGUAUAACAGGCCUGGCUGAUCUGCACAUUUGCAGUAUGUAUUGGCUUGGAAUUCGAGCUUUUUUGUUUGUUUGUUUUUUCAUUAAAAAUAUUGGCCUUAAAACCAUUUAAAAAAACUAUGCUAUUAGUAAUACUGUGAUCAUAUGUUUAAAAUGUAUCUUCAAAACCACAUGGAGAAUGUGUAAAACUAUAGUGCAGGCUCUGAAAACCCACUGAGUACCAGGUGGGAUUGUUUCCCCAUUGAACAUCGACUUCUAAUUAAUAGAAUGAUCUGCUCAUGUAGUACUGAGAAACGGGACAAAGGACUUCCAGUUAAACAGUAUCCUACUCCAGUACUUGCAAACCAUAGACAGGCUGACACUGAUGCCAAAGAAGUUCAGUAAAAUAUCUUAUCUGGGAAUUUGAGUUGUGGAAUGUUCUGCCAGCCAUUUAUCUUAACUUCAUUUUUAUUUCUAUUUAAACAGAAAAUAAAAAUCUGGAACAAUUGUUUUAUAGGUGGAACUUCAAUUAGUUUUCUAAUCACCUUCUGGUGAAGCAGGGGAUUGGUGCCAUUAAAUGAUUUCUCUAUUUUACAGCAAAUGGGGGGGAGCUCAACAUCUACAAAAAAUCUAGAAAAAUACUGUAACAAAUCCUCCAGUCCAGUUCAGUGGCAUGCAUGCAGGUGAACAACCUCUGGUUCUGUUCUCAGAUAUACAAGGUUUCGUCACCCAUAAGGGGCACAAAGCACACUGUGUGCUCUGUCUCACACGAUGCAGCAUAGUUACAGCACUGGCAUACACCCUACCUCCACACAAAUCAUCUAGCACCUGUGCUUGAGUAUCAAUACAUUGGAUUCUAUUGGUUAUGUAUUAUGCGUAGUUUGAAUUAGCUAAACUCGCUAAAUUCUUAGAAGCAAUGACUUCUUAUAGGAAAUGCUGGAGUCUUGCAAUUUAAAACCAAAUUAUAUUUUUUGGAAGCACUAUAGUAUAGUGGAAAUGUUUUAUUCCUCAGAACAUUUUUGAGCCUGUGAUCACAGUACACUGAUAGCUGCCUUUUGCACUGAGCUCUUAAUCGGAAUGAAUUUUUUUUUGAUAACUUCUGUGAAGUUGCAUGAUGAUUUUUGCCAUGUUUUUACAGAUUUGGUUAUCAUUUGUUUUGGGAGUUUUAGAGGAUGAGCAAUCUAUUAGCUGGCAGCUGUGAGCAUGAGGGUUUCCAGUACUAAAUACAAUACUUCUGUUUUAUACAGAGUAUAAAACAGGUGGUGGCUAAAGAUAUGGACUUUGUGUCUUUUCCAGAAAAAAAAGCAGGAAUAUCACUUCUACGGUAAAUGAGGCCCAAAAGUUUUAGAUUUUGUGAAAGUAUGGCUUAAUCCCCUUUUUAUUCCUCUUCAAGAACUAAAAUAAUUUUUAUCAAGAUCAACAUUAUUUAAAUGCAUAAUCUUGGCCUUUUAGUUCUUAAGCGUCAAUUUUGAGAUGCAGUUUUUAUGUGUGUAUUUCAGACUGCUAAAUCAAAGAAAAGUAAAUGUAAUUUCUUGAGGUUCUGCACAUACCAUUUAAAAUCCUUGAAAGUUUGGCCCUUGGGAAUAUCUGCUCUACUGAACGGUGCAAAUUCAUACAAUAUCUAUGAAUACCUGUAUAAUUGUCACAGAGGUCUCAUUUUGUGAAAUGGGAGUUACGAACAGUUAACAAUGGGACAGUAAGAAAAGGAAUAUUUUAUUCAGUAGGCUAACUGGAAAGCCUGAAAAUUAAAUUUGGAGAUUUUCAUUUACAAAACCUAGAUUGUGAUGCACUGUGCAUUGAACAAUUAUACAGCUCCUGCAUUCCUUGUGAUACUGGCUUUUCUUAUUUGAUAAAGGGUAUUUGGACAAAAAUGUCCCAUCUAGCAGGUUAAGUGUACCUCCUCUAUUACUUCCAGUGCUGUUUUUUCUUCUGCCUAAGAAGUGAUGGUUCAGGGAAUGACACAAAUUCGUGGUCUGUUGCACCAUUAAGAACUGACAUUCAGAUCCAUUGCAGAACUGAAAGACUGUACUGUCAGAAAUGUGCAAGCAUCAUUUGUUCUGUAUACGGCAUAAAGUGUGUGUUCUGUUUCUGCAACCCCAAAUUCAAGAAGACAUCAGAUUCAUUUGUCAUGUAGAAAAAGAUAAGGGCUUUACUAUUUCUCCUUGCUCUGUUUCAGUUCUAUGUUUCCUUUGCCUGGUGCUGUGCAGCUGCUUUGCAAUUGGUUUUGACACCCUAAUGUGUCCAAAAGGUCUGAAAUUCCCUGCUAGUUAUAACAGCUAACCAGGUAAGCAGGUAUGCACUGCAACACCUGGCAGAUUUUGUUUUAGUUGAGCAAGAGAAUAAAGUUGUAAAACUGUGGACAGUGCCACCUUUUGAAGAUACAGUACUAUAUUUUGAGGAUUUUGUCUUUUGAGGAUUGAGAUGCCAUUGGAUUUUAGUCAACAUCAAACAAAACAAAAUAGGUUUCCUCCCUUGCACUUGGUCUUGGUGAAGUUGACCAUUGUGCUCAUCCAGCUGUUUGUGACACACAGGCUGAUUAUCAUCACAGAACUCUUGAGAGAUGUGCCUGCACAUUAGGAAAGAGACACCAGAGCUUUUGAAGUCACAGUGGAGUCCUUGUGAUGUAGCAUUAAAAGAGUUUGCCUAGUUCCAAAUACUUUUCCCCAAACGUCACUAUAUACUGAGAUGACCUGUGACUUAAAGAGCUUUGAUAGACUGAGUAGACAUUAAAACCAAAUGUACGUUAUCGGUACAUUUUCCAGUUCUGCUUCUUUCUGACGCGUUUGUACUUUUUGUAGACCGACAUAUACUGGUCUCUCGAGACAGUGUGCGAUCUUAAAGCACCGUUUUUGGUGAAACUUCUUUUAACGUCUAAUCUCUAUGUAAUAUUCUGAUAAUUAUUAAUAUUGUUAUGAUUAUUAUUGCUUGAGACAGAGCUAUUGACACUUAAGCAAUCGUCAAGAUUGGCUAUGAAAGAACCUUGCUAAGACACAGUUGAGAAGAAUGCCUCUCCUUCCUUGGGUUUGAAGAGGCUCGUGUUUUGAGCCGCACGCUGCACCGCAGGGGUGAUCGUGUGGAAUGCACCAGACUUGCCAAGGUCUCUACAUAUAAAGUGACCUUAAUACAGCAUGUCACUUGUACGAAAAUUCACCCCAAGUGGAGUUGUGUAAUCUGCAGACACCGGGGGUCUCUUGUCUUGUUCCUCAAGUGUCACCACUGGGCGAUUGUUUUAAGUGUGUAAAAUCUAAAAGAGUAAACUUUGUCUGGUUCAGCCUUAAUCCCUUCUGGAUUGUAGCUCUUGAGGGCUGGAGCCACAGGAACUCCUGGGUUCAAGUGUGUGAAUGUUCAAGAAUGGUUUUGGCUGUUGUGUGAAGAAUCCUUUUAAAAGACUUUGCAUUAUUCUUCUAUAGCAGUGGUGUUCUUUAAUAGCAAUAGCAGCUUUGCAUGGUAAUUGGAUGCUGUGUCCAUGCGUGUUUCACUUCAGGCAUUUCAGGCAGUAAUAAUCAGCAAAGCCAACCCAGUCAGGCUGGACUAUGACAGAUCCUGGUGUCACACACCAGACGAUCACCCCUGAUAAAUGUGCCUUUUGGCGGGUUCUUGAAUAUAUUUAAGGUUUGGGUACAUAACACCUGUAAAUAAAGAUAUAAUGUGCAACUGUUAAUACACUCGCUUGGAGUCAGCAUUUAUAUUAAAUGAUCUCUACAAAUCAGUAAUGCAAUGAUCUGUAUCUGGUUGCCAAUGCACAACUGAACAACUCUUAUCCUUUCUUAGUCAAAGGAGUUCAGUGCCAGACUUGUAACAUUUGUUUACUUAGCCAUUUUGUGUCUGUUCAAAGAAAAACAAUGUCCAAAAAAAUUAGCUUAAUGUAAGGUUGUACUGUAUUGAAUGUUCUGUGUUUUCAGGUAUUGAUGGGGACUCGCCGUGGCUACACUGUUUCUGAUAAACCAUGCUAUGGCCGAGGACAUGUUUGUGUGUUUUCACCAAGCUUGCAGUUCACUCAGGGGUGGGUUUGUGGGUAAAAACAUACACAUUGUCUUUUACAUUGUUUAGUUUUAAUUGUUUAAACUUCAUGCUGAAAUGAUAAAAAUGCAUGCAUUGGGUAAACAGUAUUGACAAUUGGCAGAAAUAGAAUGAAAAUCCAGCUCACCUUUCAAAACAUUUAGGCAAAUCUAGACAAAGAAUAAACCAAACCUUAUUUCAAGCUCAGAAAGUACAGUGUGCUGUAUUUGACAGGCUGUCACGUUGCCUUCUCACUGUAUGGCCUGAAAGGUUACAAGUCACCAUAGGACAACAGAAUAAUAGUGCAGCCAUAUUUCUCCUCUUCUUGUGACUAGGUAUUAUUCUUUAACCCAGAUUCUUAAAAAAUUAUAGAAUUGUUCAUUUUACUUUGUAGCUAUAAUGGCCAUUUUUCUUUUCAUUCAGCAUAUCCUCAUCUACCCCUUCACACUCUAGAAAACGAAGGGAAAUCAGGGUAGGUAUAUAGUGGAGCAUUUACUGUUUACCUUUUGCCGUCAGUUUGCAACUGGAUUCCUUAACUGAUGACAGUACAACUAGUUUGUCUUUACCCCCAAGUCCCUGACUGAGAGCUUCGUAUAGAGUGUCUGUUUUUGCUCAAAUUGGGAGACACUGGAAAGCAGGAAGGAAAACACAUUUUGUAACUCCAAUGGUUUUGCAAUUUCAAAUACGUUUCCAUUUUAGACUAAAUAUUUACUGUUGUUGGUUCUAACAGAGAUCUGAGACCUGUCACACUGCUGUUACUGUUUUUGAUGUGAGGUAGAUAAAACUUUACCAGUGUAUUCUAGAAGGGAAAAAUAAAAGAGGAAGCAUUGAUUCUAGCUGUAUUUGACCACUUAUUUUGCUAUGAAAGCAUUGCCGGUCUCUUGGUCCUUGAAAAGUGAUGGGUUAUUUUUUUUUUUGAUCUUUGUAAGAUCUGUGUUGGUCACUGUAUCAGUAGUACAGUGUGUUCUGUUCAGUUUGGGGAGAUGACAGCUCUUAGCAACACAACAGUUACUCAGCUUGUAGUUUGAAACAUAGUGACAGGGUCUUGAGUGAAAUUUGCCUCCCAAAUGGAGCACUGGCAGCACUCUUGAGGGGCACCAGGAAUGUUCCCCUGCCUCCAUACAAACUGCAUUUAUUGUAACAAGACUGGGCUGCUCUUGCUGCAUUGUUUUGAUUUUAUUCCUAACAUUGGGAACGUAAUUGCUUUCGAUGAUUACUCCCAAAUUGUCUUGUAAUAGAUUGCUUAAAUUAAGGUACAAGUUUAACUUCAAAAAUUGUUUGUUUUUAUAUUAUACUCCAUUAAGGAAUGUUUAGAAUUAUCUUUCUCCAAUAUGGAUGUAGCUGUUAUACUUUUUUCUUCAUAUAAAAAGAAUUCACUGUGUGAAAAUUGGUUUGCAUUUUUGUAUAAUACAAUCCGCUUCUUUUUUCCUUGAGUCAGGAGGGAGUAACUGGAAGUUUGAAGAAGAAAAAACAAAAAAAACCUGUGAAAUUAAUGUAACUUAUGUGCAACAGUGAUUCUUUACUGGCAGGGACUGUGAUUAAAUAAUAUUGUAAA